AUGCCCGCCGUAAAGCAGUGUGUUCAGACGACGACGUCAUUCCCCAUCAAGCAGCCCGUGAGCAAACGUGCCCCCAAGGGUAACAGCCAUCUUGAUAUCAUCGAUAUUCGAAGCAACAAGGUUGAUUUCAAUCUCAAAGAUGAGGUGAAUCGCAUGAUUAAUCCUUCAGACGGGGGCGCGCGCAAGCUGCCCACGCUGCUGUUGUAUGAUGAGAGGGGACUGCAGUUGUUUGAGGAUAUCACGUAUCUGGACGAGUAUUAUUUGACCAACUACGAAAUCGAGCUGUUGAAGAAGCAUUCCGUCGAGAUUGCGGCCAAGAUUCCGGAUGGAGCCAUGGUUAUUGAAUUGGGGAGCGGCAAUCUACGCAAGGUCUGCCUCCUCCUGCAAGCAUUCGAAGAUGCCCACAAGUCCAUCGACUACUACGCUCUGGACCUGUCCCAGAAAGAGCUCGAACGGACGUUAUCUCAUGUUCCCGACUUUAAGUAUGUUCGCUGCCACGGUUUGCUGGGUACAUAUGACGAUGGCACCGUCUGGCUGAAGCAGCCGUCCAUUAUGGCUAAACCAAAAUGCAUCCUUCACCUGGGAUCUAGUAUUGGAAACUUUCACAGAGACGAGGCUGCGGAGUUUUUGCAAUCCUACGCCGACGUGUUGAAACCAGAAGACAGCUUGAUUGUUGGGCUGGACUCUUGUGGGAACCCAGACAAGAUUUAUCACGCAUAUAAUGACAGCAAAGGCAUAACCCACGAAUUUAUCCUGAAUGGACUGGAAAAUGCCAAUCGCAUCUACGGACAAGACCUAUUCCACAUCCCAGACUGGAAAGUCAUUGGCGAAUACGUCUACGAUGAUGAAGGCGGCCGCCACCAAGCCUUCUUGGCCCCCCUCCAGGAAGUCAAUGUCCUCGGAUCAGUCAUUAAACCACAUGAACGUAUUCAAAUCGAACAGAGCCUCAAAUACUCCAAAGUCGGGUCAGAGAACCUAUGGAAGCACGCUGGUCUUCGUGAAAUUGGACUAUGGACCCGCGGCGAUGAAUACGGCCUCCAUAUGCUUCAAAAGGCCAACAUCCCAUUCAGCAAAGCUCCCUCACUCUACGCCCCUCAAACCCUCCCAACCCUGCAAGACUGGCAAUCCCUCUGGUCAACCUGGGACAUUGUAACAAAACACAUGCUCCCCAAGCAGGAACUCACCGAAAAGCCCAUCAAGCUUCGCAACGCGUGCAUCUUCUACCUAGGCCAUAUCCCUACCUUCCUUGACAUUCAACUCACAAAGACUACCAAGAUGCCACCCACGGAUCCUGCAUCAUACUAUGCCAUUUUUGAGCGUGGCAUUGACCCUGACGUAGAUAACCCCGAGCAAUGCCACGUUCACUCAGAAAUCCCAGACGAGUGGCCUUCUGUGGAGGAAAUUACCGCCUAUCAGGGACGGGUUCGCGAUCGUUUGGGCAAGUUGUACAAGGGGGGAGUAGAGAAUCUUCCCAGACAGGUAGCCAGGGCUAUUUGGGUUGGUUUUGAGCACGAGCUCAUGCAUAUCGAGACGUUGCUGUAUAUGAUGCUGCAGAGCGAUAGGACGUUGCCGCCGCCUCAUAUGGGGAUUCCUGAUUUUGAGAGAAUGGCAAAGAGGGCCUUUGAGGGGAGAGUUGAGAAUGAGUGGUUUGACGUGCCGGCUCAGGAGAUUAGCAUCGGGAUGAACGAUCCUGAGGAUGGAACAGAUGAUGUUGAUUUCGGAUGGGACAAUGAGAAGCCACAGCGAAAGACUCAAGUACAUGCUUUCCAGGCACAAGGCCGGCCCAUCACAAAUGAAGAAUACGCUCAAUACAUGUACACGACAAACGUUUCCAAAGUCCCCGCCUCCUGGUCCUCCAGCACCCUCACCAACGGCACAUCCAAGACUAACGGGACCAACGGGACAAACGGCCACCACGCCAUCCCAACAACCCUACCAGACUCUUUCCUGGCAGGCAAAUCCGUCCGCACCAUGUACGGGCUCGUACCGCUCAAAUACGCCCUCGACUGGCCCGUCUUCGCCUCCUACGACGAACUAGCCGGCUGUGCCGCCUGGAUGGGCGGUAGAAUCCCAACCUUCGAAGAAGCGCGCAGCAUCUACGCAUUUGUCGAAAGCCAGCGAGAGUUACUACUGGGCGGACGACUCUCACGAAAAGUCCCCGCCGUGAACGGACACCUCUCCAACGACGGCGUCGAAGAAACGCCCCCAUCGUUGACGCCCUCCGCGGUCGAGGAUAGCACACCGCUAUUCAUCGACCUGGCCGGCGCAAACGUCGGCUUCAAACACUGGCAUCCCGUGCCAGUGACGUCCCAGGGAAACUCGCUAGCCGGCCAGUCUGGCAUGGGCGGCGCCUGGGAAUGGACUUCGUCGCCGCUCAGGAAGCACGAGGGCUUUGAGCCGAUGGAGCUGUAUCCGCUUUAUACGGCGGAUUUCUUUGACGACAAGCAUAAUAUUGUGCUUGGCGGCUCGUGGGCUACUCAUCCUAGGAUUGCGGGGAGGAAGAGCUUUGUGAAUUGGUAUCAGAGGAAUUAUCCGUAUGCUUGGGUUGGGGCACGACUGGUCAGGGAUGUUGAGUAA